AAGAAGAAGAAGAAGAAGAAGAAGAAGAAUCCUCCAACUGAGAUGCUAACGGUGUUAGCUUAUCUUUGUCUGGUGUCAUUUUGAGUCCCGUUGUGGCGUCUGAGCUGAAUUUAUGGGUAUCUAUAAUCAAAAUGUCUUCACCGAGAUGUAAGGAAGAGAUUAUUGACGAUGAAUUAACUCAUGCCGAAGAAACAUUCACGGAGCUUAAGGAAAUAAUCGUAAAGUCCGAGGAAGAGAUCGAUGGUGAGCGCAGACUGCUGGAUGUCAACCGGAUACCCCAGAUAAUCGUUCACCAAAUAGAUUCACAGCAUUAUGUUGAGAAGGAGGAGGUUCUUGUUGGCCAGCAGCUUGGGGACCAGGAGAGGAGCCUCCCAGUGGACCAGGAGGAACCAGAACCCUUGCAGAUCAAAGACGAGCAGAAUGAGCUAGAACAUCUAGAGAUUAAAGAGGAAGAGGAUGAACUCUGCAUCAGUCAUGAUGAAGCACGGUUUGAGCUGAAGCAGGAGACUGAGACCGUUAUGGUGACUCUUUGUAAUGAGGAAAAAUACCACAUUGAACUAGAACCAAACUGGAACCAGGUCAUCUCUCAGGAGCCGUCUGAAAUAGAGAUCCAGCAUCAGGAAGGAAGCAGUGAUGAAGACUCAAAAUCAGAGACAGAUGAAGAAGAGCAAAUACAAAGCAAGAGAUGCCAACAUAAUAACAGUGUGUGUUCUUGUGAAAUUUGUGCUGAAUUUAGUCCUCACAAUAGUCUUUUGUCUCAAAGCAUGGAAAAUCACACAAAGGAAAAGUCUUUCUCAUGUCUGACUUGUGGAAAAAUAUUUUCUCAAAAACGUUUUUUGACCAACCAUGUGAGAGUUCACACUGGUGAAAGGCCUUUCUCGUGUUCAAUAUGUGGAAAAGGUUUUACUCAAAAAACUCAUCUAACUCAUCACUCUACAACUCACACAGAUGAGAAGCCUUUCUCAUGCUUGACCUGUGGGAAAACAUUUAGGUUCAAAAGCAGUUUGAAUAUACACGUCAGAAUCCACACAGGUGAGAAGCCAUUCCUGUGUAUGACUUGUGGAAAAAGCUUUAAUCAGAAAGGUAAUUUGAUUUAUCACAUGAGAAUCCACACAGGUGAGAUGCCAUUCUCGUGUAGCGUCUGUGGAAAGGGUUUCACUCAAAGAAGUCAGUUACAACUACACAUGAGAAGCCACACAGGUGAAAAGCCUUUCUCAUGUGUGACCUGUGGAAAAAGUUACAGUCAAAAAGGAAAUUUAACUUGUCACAUGAGAACUCACACAGGAGAGAAGCCCUUUCCAUGUCUGACCUGUGGAAAAAGUUUCACUAUCAAAAGUCUUUUAAACAAACACCUCCGAACUCACACGGGCGAAAGACCUUUCUCCUGUUUGACCUGUGGUAAAAGUUUUCUUCAAAAGACUCAUUUAACGGAUCAUAUGAGGAUUCACACAGGUGAUAGGCCUUUUUUGUGUAUGACUUGUGGAAAAGGGUUCCUUCAAAGAACUCAUUUAACAGAUCACAUGAGGAUUCACACGGGUGAGAAGCCUUUCUCAUGCAACACGUGUAAUAAAACGUUUAGCCUAAAAAGUAAUUUGAAUUUACACAUGAAAACUCACACAGAAUAGAAGUCUUCCAAAAAACGUUCAACUAAAACUGGAAAGAUCCGUUAUAAAACACACAAAUUUGCACAUACACAUAACUGUACGUAUGCAAAGUUAUGUAAAAAACUCACCACCCCAGCCUAGACUUUUAGGAAAAAGUCUAAAGCUGACUUAGAUUGGAUAAACUGUUCUCCUAAUAAUUUCCAAUGCAGUUUUUAUAAAAUAUGAAACAAUGGAAGGUUUAAAGCAUUUUUGUAAGGUUAUGACAAUUUAAUAUGUUGAAUUGAUGUUUUUGAAGUUACUUGUCCACCUUGUAAGCUAUGUCUUUUGUUGUGCAUGUAGUUGCACAACAACUAUGUUAUCCAGCUGAUUAACAUUCAGGUUUGUUUAGGAAAACUCGGUUGCCUUUUUGUGUUAUUACAUUUCCCGGAGACAAAUGGAAAACUCACAGUUUACAUUUCUGUUUAGAGUCAGACUGCAGAUGGACAGAAAGAAUCUGACAUAACUGAGAAUCUUUGCCCAAUCAAGUCUACAAACAAGCUUAAUCUACCUGUGUAAAAUUUGGUUGCAUUGGUUGAAAUCUUUCCACAAGAUGGUUUCUCAAGUAACUUCAACAAGAUAAGGUUUUGCAGUGUGCUACCCAAACUGUGGACUCAAAUCCAAUUCGGACACUAAUGGAUGAUCUUAAACAUGCUGUCCAAACUUGAAAAGCCUCCGACAUUGCAGAAUUAAAAUGUUUCUGCAGCACAAAGGGGACCAAAAUUCUUCAGUGGUGAUGUUAAACUUAAACACUAAUUCCCAGUUAUAGCGAAUGGUUGUGACAUGUAUGACUCCACUAAUUAGGCCUUUGCAGCGCUUUGCUGCGAUUCUGCCCCCCCCCAAAGAGGGGCCUUUUGGAGGCUUUAUCAUAUUCACAAACUCACCAAACUUGGCGGACGCGUCAAGCCUGUUUAAAAAUGUUGAAUUUUAAGGUCGUCGCAAAAAUUGCACAAAAAAAAUGGCUCAACGGCGCCACCUAGUAAUUUUCAAAAGACCCAUUGCUAUUCCCUUACUUCAUCGUAGAGACAUGAAAUUCGGUACAGUUGUAGAGCUCACUAAGACGCUCAGAAUUUAUAAUUAAUGUCAUAGUGCAAGUAUCACAGGAAGUCGGCCAUUUUGGAUUGAAGGUCCGAUUUUGACCCCAUUUUUGCCGUUUACAGUCUUCGUAUUUGAUCAAACUCCUAAUAGGGAUUUCGAUUGAUUGGCUUCAAACUAAACCAACCAAAAUGGCAUGAGCUUUAUCUCCUCGCUGCAUCGACUGAUCCGUUCCAGAUUUUUUGUGAGUCGUCGGGGAGGCUGCCAAACGCAUUCAUGUGUAUCGCCUGGUGGACGGGCGGGGAAAAUGCGUGAGCUUCUGCGGUGGCUGGCGGGCGGCGGUGCGGGAACCUCUGCGGUGGCCGAUAGGCCGGAGCGUCGCUGAGCUGCGAGGGCCGCUGUGCGGCUUUAAUUUCAUUUUAUUUUUUAAGUACCUUGAAACGUGUUGUGAAUCGGAAUAAAUAAAUAAACUGAUUCCAAUUGCAUUGAUUUACUUUUUCCUUUAAUAAAUUGAAAUGUGCUUUUCAUAAUGUAAUAAGGUUUUCUCAUUCCAGCAUUAAAAUUAUUUUGAUUAUCUGAAUCUGUUAGUUUGAUUAAAGCGCAAAAACAAAAGUAACCAUGUCUAUAUACUUAUAUUUCAAAUGUGUGUACAUUGAGAACAAAGUGUAAACAAAUUCAAUUCCUCCUAUGAUCAAUAAACUGAUUUUAUUUUUCACAUUA